CGGCUUCUUCUGGCGGACAUUUUGGCCUCGCCCAUCUCUUCCAGUCAGGGCUUCCCUAUCGCUGCGUCUGGACAGAAGCCGCGGAACAGGUGUGGUCCCUGCUGUGCGGAGGCUCCGGAGAAGCUCAGGCGAAGUUGUACGUGAGGAGCGCACGCGGGUGGCCAUGGAAGGUUGUGAGGAAAAGAGAUGGCUGGCGAUCUAAGACUGCAGGUUGCGCACCCUGAAAGAUGGUCUUGUAUUCCAUUUUGAAAGUACCCGUUUAAAAAGGAAAGGAAAACGGAUAUGAGCUUUGCAGACGUGGCCAUUGCCUUCUCCCAGGAGGAGUGGGGGCUCCUUGAUGAGGCUCAGAGACUUCUGUACUGCGAUGUGAUGCUAGAAAUCUUUGUCCUUCUAGCAUCUGUGGGUUGUUGGCAUAAAAAGGAAGAUGAGGAGGCCCCUUGUGAGCAGAGUGUAUAUGUACAAGAAGAGUCACAGGGUGGGGUUUCUAAGACAUCUCCAGCAACUCAGAAAGCCCUUCCUUGUCAGCAGUGUGUCUCAGUCUUGAGAGCCAUAUUGAACCUGACUGAGUCCCAGGCAGCGUACCUUGGGCAGAAAGCAUUCUUCAGUGACGCCAGUUUCAGUGCAAACCUUCACCAUCAACAGAGGCCUUCCAGUGGAGAGAAGCCUUGGAAAGGAUAUAUAAACAGGGCCCCUUUCACCGAUAAGGAGGUUACAGAAGAAUUUCCAGCCAUCUCAAGCUUUCUCCCGUACCAGGGCACUCCUAAUGGUCAGGAGCAAUGCAGUGGGCAGGCCUUGCCUGGUGAAUGUGAAGAAACUUCUGGCCACACCAAGGAAUAUGUUCAACAACAUAGUGUUUGCUCUGGAAAAGAGCUUUACAAAGGUACCAAAUGUGGAAAGGCUUUCACACAAAUUUUUAACCUCAUUCCACAUAGGAGAGUUCACACUGGAGAAAAGUUGCUUGUUUGUGGUGAUUGUGGGAGGUCCUUCAGACAUAGAUCUAACCUUUGUCAACAUAGGAAAAUUCACAGUGAGGAAAAGCAGCAUGAGUGCACUGUCUGUGGGAAGCAUUUUCACUACAAAUUUACCCUUGUUCAACAUCAGAGAAUUCACACUGGUGAAAAGCCUUAUGAGUGUAAUGAAUGUGGGAAAUUUUUCAGAAAAAAGGGUAAGCUCACUGAUCACCUCAGAUGUCACACUGGUGAAAGGCCUUUUGAGUGUUGUGAAUGUGGGAAAUCUUUUCGUCGUAAACAUCACCUCCAGAGACAUGGGAGAAUUCAUGCGAGAGAGAUGCCUUAUGAGUAUAGUGAAUUUGGGAAAUCUUUUAAUCAUCGGAGGUGUUCUAUUAAACGUCAUCAAGUUCAUGCUCUAGAAAAACCAUAUGAGUGUGGUGAAUGUGGGAAAUGUUUUCGUCGCAAAUACCAAUUUUUUAAGCAUAAGACAGUUCACACUGGGGAAAAGCCCUUUGAGUGUAUUGAUUGUGGGAAGUUCUUCAGGCUAACCUCUUGCCUCCUUCAACACCAGAGAAUUCACACUGGAGAAAAGCCCUUUGAAUGUAGUAUUUGUGGGAAGGCCUUCAAACAAAAAUCUGCCCUCGUUCAACACCAGAGAAAUCACACUGGAGAAAAGCCUUUUGUGUGCAAUGAGUGUGGGAAGUCCUUCAAUCAGAAAUCUGCCCUCAUUCAACACCAGAGAAUUCACACUGGAGAAAAGCCUUUUGAGUGUCAUGAUUGUGGGAAAUCUUUCAGACAAAGCAGUAAGCUCAUUGAUCACCGCAGAGGUCACACUGGGGAAAGGCCUUAUGAGUGUAGUGAGUGUGGGAAGUGUUUUAGACAAAGCUCUAGCCUUUCCCUGCACCAGAAAGUUCAUAGUAGAGAAAAUCCAAACAAGUGAAGCAAAUGUGGGAAUAAAUUCGGACAAUUUUUUAAAAAUUCAUUUUAGGAGGAAUAGGAAAGAAAGAACAGGUCUUUACACAGUGUACCCUUGGCCUGUCACAGAUUCCAAGUUUUCUCCUAGUUACAAAACUUAAAAAAAAAAAAAAAUCAAAAUUAGAAGUCCUGAGCUGUUUUUACAAUGUAUUUGCUUAUCAAAUCACAAUGUACAUUAUAAAUAUUACACAGGUUUGUUCAUUAUACCUUAGUAAAGAUGAAAAAAGAUUGAAGUCACACCCACACAAAGUCAUAAUAUGAGAUAAUGUUGAGAAAUAAAUCUGGGAGAAAAAAGAUCACACAGAACAAAAGUAAACAAUAUACUACUUGAUUUACAUUGCCUUGGAGAUAAUGCACUUUGUAUUUGGAGAAGCAAAGAUUAGUUGCCGGGAGUUGUGGGGUGAUCAAUAAGUAUUACCAGAGAUCACAUAUUGGUGCCAGGGGCCGUAUAUUUUGGCACAUUAAUGUUUAUACUUCCUACUCUGGUAACUAAUUAGACGUUUCUUAAUAUCAUAUUGAAGGGUAGCCAUUUAUUUUUUCAUACUACUUUUUAGAACCAAACUGGAAUUAACAAGGUGGUGGUAGGGGCUGAGUGUAGUAUGUGUGUACCUUGUACUAUUUUGCCAUGCCUGCAAAUAAUAGGGUAUAGCUUGGUAUGAGAAAUGAAAACACCACACCUGUGGAACUUUCAAUAGAGAUAGCUGAUUUGUCCCUGUGAGUGGACUACAUGGCCAUUAGGGCUAAUGAGCGUACAUUUUGCCAAGGGAGCUCAAGGCUUUCUGAACUUUUUGCUAUUUUAAGAAAGCCAUUGGGCCAUGGCUGGUGUGGCUCCUUGGAUUGAGCACUGGCCUGCAAACCAAAAGGUCACCAGUUUGACUCCCAGUGAGGACACAAUCCUGGGUUGUCAACCUGGUCACCAGUUGAGUGCAUGUGAGAGGAAACCAAUCUGUUUCCCUCCUCUCUAAAAAUUGUUUUUAAAAAAUGCCAUUGGUUUUUUCAUCUGCAAAAGAUUGGGUGAUAGUAUAUAUUUUUAGUCAGGGGUAACACCUUACAAAGUUAUUUUAUACCUUAUCAAGUUGGAUGACAUUGAGAUCAUUCAGGGUUGGAAACAAAGUCACUUUUUUAGCUUUCCCUGGUGGGGCUCAUUUCAUUGGGUGUCCUAUAAAGCCAAAAUCUACCAAUUAGAUUCUCAUUCAGGGCAAAUGACUGGGUUGUGGAUUCUAUCCCAGAUCAGGGCCAGUAUGAAAGGCAAUCCAUCAAUGUUUCUCCCUUCCACUCUGUAAAUGUAAGUUAAAUCAUUUGAAAAUAAAUUUACCUGCCUCAUGUGGCCUAGUGGGUUGAUUGCUGACCUGCGAACCAGAAGGUUGCCAGUUGGAUUCCCAAUCUGGGCACGUGCCUGGGUUGUCAGCCAGGUCCACAGUAGUGGGUGGGUGAGAGGCAACUACAUAUUGAUGUUUCUAUCCCUUUCUCCCUCCCACCCCCCUCAAAAUUAAAAAAAAAAAAAGUAUACUCUAAAAUCUAACUGUUUUCACAAUGAGAACUCUCCAAUGUAAAAAGGGUGUGGACGCUCUGGCUGGUGUGGCUGGAUUGAGUGCCAGCCCAUGUGUAUUGAGCACAGGCCUAUGAAUAAAAGGAUCACCAGUUCAAGUCCUAACCAGGGCAUAUACCUGGGUUAUGGGCCUGGUCCCCAGUUGGCACGUGAGAAUCAACCGAUGUUUCUCUGCCUCUUUCCCCUCUCUGAAAGUAAAUGAAAUCUUUAAAAAAAAAAAAAGAUUGUAGACAUUCAGCUAAAGAUUUCCCAUGUUCACACCACACUUGAAGCCUUUAAGCAGGGAAUUGUGACUAAGGUGUAAAUGACUAUAAAGUAAAAGAUUUCCCACAUUGGUGUCUCCAGAAAGUUUAUCUCCUAUGGAAACUGGUGAUAUAAAGGAAAAAGGAUGGAAAAAGAAAUUUGCAUACUGCCUGUACUUCUAAGGCCUUUAGCUAGAGUGAAAUCUCUAAAUAUAAUGGAGCUUAGUGCUAUAAAAAACACUUUUGAUAUUGCAUGUAUGUAUAAAACCUACCACCUGUGACUUCAGAGAAGAUAAAAAAUGUCUAGAAGUAAAACAUUUCCCUAAUUUUCUUGUAAGAACUGAGUGAUUGUGAAUACUCUUAUGAUAACAGAGGCCAUGGCUACUGGUAAAAUAUUCCCCAUACAACACUCAGAAAGCAUUGCAGUGUAAACUCAUGAUAACGAGUUACUGAUGGGGAAGAAAAAAAAAAACAAAAAACCACUUCCCACAUUCACUGCAUACAUAAGGACAUUUCCCAGUAAGAACUCUGAUGACAAUGCAACUGGCUGAUACAGAUAAAGGAUUUCCCACACUCCCUGUACUCAAAAAGCUUUUAUCUAGUGAACAACUCAAUGAUGACAAAAGGUGGAGCUACUCAUGAAAGUAUUUACACAUUGUGUACUCAUAAGGUUAUUCUCCAUGUGAACUCUGAUCACAAUGAAGGGUAAAGCUUCUGGAAAAAGACACCCCACAAUUCUUAUACUCAAAAGGCCUUUUUUGAGUGUGAUUUGGUCCCAGGUCACUGUGGGUAUGUGAGGCAACCUAUCCCUCUUUCUUCCUCUUUUUCCCUCUCUCUAAAUAAAUUUUUUUUAAAAAAUUAAAUAUCCCCUUUUCAGCAACUAAGGGCUGGGGCUUUUCAGCAAAGAAAUGCUUUAAGUCAGCCUGAAAAUAUUCAAAUCCCAAGGAUGGUAGAAGCUGGGUAAAUUUAUUACAAGUGUUUAAAGGGCUCUGGAUAGAUGGCCACUUUUUACUUAAGGUCCCAUGGAAGUGAUUGGGUGGCUCUGCCAUGUAGUAACUAUUUCUGUCAGGUGGGGUGGUUAUAGCUUUAGGAAGAGGCAGGUGAGAACCCUGCCAACAUGCCCAUUUCGAUAGGAGCCUUGGGUAAAAAUAUCACAACUUUCUUCUUGGGUGGUCCCUCUCCAGAUGCACUGCUACCCAUUACCAAUUCCUCCUUCCAGAAAUAUCAGAACUCUGAAGACCAGCCAAUUUCUAGGCACUUGAGUUGUUUAUAUCUUCCAACAGCCUUGGAGGGAUUUCUGCUCACUAUUGAAAAGUGGACAUGGGCUUGGAUUGAAGGGGGAAUCUCUAGUGACCUCCAGUGAGGGUGUGGAUCCGGGCAUCGUUCUAAGCCCACAGUCUAGUAUCUCAGGAAGUGUGGGGCUCUUCUACCAAAGUUGCAUGGCAACUUUGAAAAAAAAUUCUCAUAGGUAGCUAAUAUUAAUGAGCUCUCCUCAGAACUAUCUCAUUUAACACCCCUCAAAUUAUUGAGCAGAGGCAUUGUUUGUUAUGUCAACUCAAAGUGGGUAACUGCAGAUCAGAGGGAGUGCCCAGCAGACAGGCAUAUGAGCUGGGAAAAUUUAGCUGACAAGUUCUGGGUCAGCUCAACUUGUUCCUUUGCAUCCUCUCUCUGAGGGAAACAGCAGAUUCCAGCCAGACCCCCAGAUUUCUUUCCUGUGAGGUGGGACCGUCUCAUAACAAUGCUCUGAUAUCACCACAGGCCCCAGGGCCCCUCCCCGCCACAUGCUGUACCUUCUCUGCAAACUCCUCCCUGUCCUCAUGGAAGGCAGCAAGGUCAUCACUGUCACCAUGAACACAUCACUCAUCCUCACCAUUACAUAGAGUAAUUUGUGUUUAAACCCUGUUAGUCUUCCUACUAAUACUACUAAAAGGUUCUCCCUACCAUCAGUCCCUUAGUACUGAGUGCCAUCUGGGAAUCACUGUUUCUUUUUAGACAUUGAAUGAUAGGUUGAAGGUCUGAAGGAAGCUCAAGUUCUAACCAAUUUAACAGAUGUUCUUAGCCAUGACCAUUCUCCACACCCUUCUUUGAGAUCAUCUUAUAAAUGAAGUUGGAGUACCAUGACAGCGUACACAUUCACAGCAUAAAGAAAUGGCACCCAAAGAGUAAAUGGGUCAAGAAUUAGCUGUGCCUUUUCAGGCAAUGUUGGAUGUUUAAGUAAUCUGCUUAGGCAGCCAGGAGCAGUCAGGAAGGCAUGCUCUUCUGUAGAAUAUCACCAGUCUCCCUGUUUUCUACAUCAAUUAUCUUGAUUAUAGCCUUGCGGUUUUAUUUUAAUUUUUAAAAAAUAUUUAUUUAUUUUUAGAGAGGAAAGGAAGAAGGAAAAGACUGAGAGAAACAUCAAUGUGUGGUUGCCUCUUAGGCACCCUACUGGGGACCUGGCCCAUAAUACAAGCACGUGCCCUGACUGGGAAUUGAACCAGCAGCCCUUUGGUUCGCAGGGUUGUACUUAAUCCAUUGAGCCACAUCAAGCAGGGCUACCCUUGGGGUGUUAAUUUACAGAGGUGAUUGGUGACAUGGAGUAUUUAAUAUGUCUGUAAGAAUUUUUCAUUACUUACAGUUCCCAAGAGCAGAGACACGUUGUACCACACUUGGACACAUUGCAAAGCAACAGUGCUGGUCAGAAAGCAGAAAGGAGUGAGAACAUGAGCAGAAGUGUUUCUUGUGGCUUUCUUGAGAAAGGGAUAGCAGGGUAGCUUACACUAUAUAGGAUUGUUAACUUUGAGUGAUUCUGGUAGGUUUCAGGAAUAGGAGUGAUCACUACUAUUCUGGUACCUAGCCCUGGGUUGUUUUAGGGAAAAUACUGGUUUGUUGUGUGAGAGUCAGAUAAAGGAAGUGUAUGGGUUAUGGUUAGGAAUUGGCUGGUUUGCACAUGAAAUAAAGACAGGUUUUGGGGCAGGUUGUAUAUUUAGAAUUAGGUAGCUCUGGGUGGUGAAGUCACUUCCAGGUCUGUAGGCUUCCAAGAUGUCAACAUUAUCAAAUACAGAAGAUUUUAAAAUGCCAUUAAUACACAUAUAGAUGUACUUGUCACACAUGAUAAAUUCAGCCAAUACUUCUAUUCCUAAUUUUUCCUUUAAAAGAAUAUAGAAAGCUUCACAAAUUUGUCAUUGUCAUGCAAAGGUGAUUUGAUUCUUUGUCAUUUUGGUUUUAGUAUGGGUGCUGCAGAAAGGAGCACUGUCUUCCUAAGCCUUUCAAUUCUGUCUUGUAUAUCAUAUGAGACAAAUUCUGGCAUCUCAGCCUCAUUAACCAAAAGGCCACCAUUGAAUCCACAGUCAACUGAAAAGGUAGGCUGUUAGAACAAACUCCUCCAGCCUCAUAAGCUAACCUGCUACUAAAGUGAAUCUCUAUUCUUCACUCUAUCAGUGAAUUUGGUCCAUUCAUCUGUUGUAUUGGUGUAUUAAUAUAUUUUGCUCUUCCUGGUCAAACAACCUUAGAACUCACACCCACAGUAGCUCCCUAGCUUUUUUGAUUAAAAAAAAAAAUGUACUGGCAAAGUAUAAUUUUUCUGAUGUGUCCAUUAUUUUUCUAGAUCAUGCUGAGAAUUAGUACUAGUUAUAAGUUGUAGUGGUGAAUCUAGCAAAUAAUUAGCAUUCCUUUACAGGAGAUUAUCUCAGGUGACAUUAGCAGAGGAAGAUUAGUCUCCCAGACACCCGCUGAGAGAGACUCAGUUAUUUAAGAGUUCCAGAUUGUAAUUCUCUUCUACAUCUAAUGAAAUUGUCUUCAUUUAAUGAUUUUUGAAUCCUACUUUAUGAAUGAAUGCCCUAAAAUUGACAAGAAAAAUUAUAAUACUGUAUUCAACUCAUAUUGUAAUUUUCCAACAUUAAUCUUUUGAUUUUUCAGCAAUAUAAGCACUGUAGACACAGAAAUCACAGCUUCAUUUAGGGCUGUCAUACAAACUUAUGGUUUUCACACUGGGACUAAAAUUUAACAUGUUAAUUAUGACAGUAUUGUGUGGUGUCAGUCAUUAGCAUCCAAUUUCCCAUUGGUUAAAUGUUUAGUAUUUCAUUCAAGCCCAAGGAGAUGGCCAAAUCAAUCCCCCCAAAUUUUACCUUAGGGAUUUAUCUACUGCAACUCAUUAUCAACUUAUUAAUUACGAUUCAAUUAUGAGAAAGAAAUUCCAUAGCAAUUUGUGUAGAAAAAGUUAAUUAAAAUAUAAACUAAAACAUUAAAUAUUGGGGAAUUGCUAAUUAUGUUAAUACAACCUUAAAAACAAUGGGAUUACAUAAUAUGUAUAGCUUAAAUAUGUAUACCUUACAUAUAUAACCUUAAAGUAAUAGAAAAUUGCAACAGAAUUGUAGGGAAAAAUUGUGAAUAUUUGAAUGAAGGACUUGAUUCCUUUGAUAACAACCAAAUCAC